AUGGGGAUUACCAUUACCACUUACAAGGUGAUGAUAAUCCUUGUUUGUAUCAUGUUUCUAUCUACACAAUCAGAAAGCAUCACUCCACUUAAAAGCAUCGACCUUGCUCUAAAAUGGGGAGAAGAAAGAUUAUUUUCAAGAAAUUCGCGUGUUCUUAAAGUUGAAGAACAAAUGGAUACAAAGUUGAAUAUAGCACCAACACCCGCAAUGAUGUUUGAUCCAAAUCAAUCAAACAAAAGAAGAAUUCGAAGAGGUUCAGACCCAAUUCAUAACACAAGAUGA